UUCUUGUUACUAGAGUCCAAGUGGGUGUUAUACUUUUAUAAAACAUUUCUUGUUACUAGAGUCCAAGUGGGUGUUAUACUUUUAUAAAACAUUUCUUGUUACUAGAGUCCAAGUUGGUGUUAUACUUUUAUAAAACAUUUCUUGUUACAGAACCGCCAUCAGCAUGGCGACACGUUCCCGCUUGCUAUCGAGGACAUUCUUGAUGAAACGAACCAGCUGGACAUCGGGGCUCGUAUGAAACACUGGCUCAUCACGGAGGCCUUGUUGAACAACCCUAAACUGAAAGUGGUUCAUGAUUCGGAAGGGACGAAGUUCGCCUUCAAGCCGAAGUACGAAGUGAGGGACAAGAAGAGUCUCCUGAAGUUGUUGAAGAACUACGACCUGUACGGGACGGGCGGCAUCCUGCAGGAUGACAUCGAGGAAUCUCUCCCCAAUGCUGCCAAGGCUUUGAAGAGUCUGGAUGACUACAUCAUUUACGUGACUCGGCCUAUUGACAAGAAGAAGAUCUUGUUCUACAAGGAUAAAUACUGCCUGUUGAAUGUUGAUGACGAGUUCAAGAAGAUGUGGCGUAGUGUGGGUGUUGAAGGACUAGAUGAAAGGAAGAUUGAGGAAUAUUUAGAAAAACAAGGAAUAACAUCCAUGCAAGAACUUGGAGUUAGGAAAGUGUGUCAAGUGAAGAGAAAGAAGGGCGGAGGAAGGAAAAACAAAAUGUUCAAGAAACACAACGAUCAUUUAGAUGGAGUACUGCAAGACUAUUCUGACAAAGCGUGACGGAAAUGGACUUAAAAUGAUCCAGUCAAAUCAUGAACAGAUUGUUCAAGAUAGACAAAACAUGAUGGAAAUGGACUUAAAAUGAUCCAGUCAAAUCAAGAACAGAUUGUUCAAGAUAGACAAAACAUGAUGGAAAUGGACUUAAAUUAUCCAGUCAAAACAUGAACAGAUUGUUCAAGAUAGACAAAACAUGAUGGAAAUGGACUUAAAUUAUCCAGUCAAAACAUGAACAGAUUGUUCAAGAUAGACAAAAUGUGAUGGAAAUGGACUUCAAUUAUCCAGUCAAAACAUGAACAGAUUGUUCAAGAUAGACAAAACAUGAUGGAAAUGGACUUAAUUAUCCAGUCAAAACAUGA